UAGCUUGGGAUUGAAUAGGCCGCUUAAUUAGGUUCCUCUUCAUCGUCGGGAAGACAAAUAUUACAUAACGCAUGAAUGGUAGUAGAUUUAAAUAAUGAUCUUUUAAUAAAUUACAUAAGUUUCAAAGUGCCUUAUUCUGCUUCAAAACGAACGCUAAUUAAACAGGAAUCGUUUAGUUACUUUUAAUUAAAUGUACACAAUACGACACCAAAUUCUUUUUAGUUUUAUUACCAAUCAUGACACUAUCACAACGAAAUUUUGAUGUAACACCUUUUAAGUACCAUUAUAUUUAUAGAGAAAGUUUAAGUUUUAUCCUACAUUUCAUCAAAAACACAUCGUUUUUACUCAUUUAUACGUUUUUAUUUCUUUCGUCAAGAAAACUUACAAUAGGCAACAUUCCGUUUGUUUGUAUUAUGUGUUGCCUAUAACUUCAGCGUAAAAUUAACAAAAAGUCGUAAAAAAAUUUCAAUUAAAAUACAAUUUACAUAAUGUAUGCACAACAGAAUGUUUAUUUUAAUUUUAAAUAAAUGUGUAUUUGUUAUUGUUUGCUCUAAAAGCAUUUAGCAGAAAUCGAAAUUCUUUGGUGAUUUUAUGGAAAUUUUCGAAGGGCUCUUGGCGUCAAUCAGGUAAAAAUCCCUUCACUCACGACUUACCCAAACAAGCCUUUAAAAUCCAACUGCUUAAAGUUAAAUUAAUUAUGCCAAUGUCCAGUUAUCACAUGGGUCAACAUUCUUAACAAGAAUUUUAACGUUGAUAUCGAAGAGACAGCCGAGCAAAACUUAGUGCAAAUUGAAUGUGCGACAACUAGUGUUUAUUUAUCGUUACUUACUUCCCAUUAUAAUUAUUUUUAGAACAGUGUUCAAGUUGUUGCGUGGAAGAGCGGAGUUGUGUAUAGCUUGUAAUGGAACAAAACAAUAUGUUAUACCUACCCAGCAAAUAUCAAAUAAUCACCAUUGGAAAGUGAUAAAUCACGAAAGAUGGUAAUUUUAGUGGCAACUAGUGACUAACUCAAUACUCAAGAAAACGGCCGUAAACUUUUAUCAGAUAGUAGACAAAAAUUGAUCAGAACUCAAACCUUCAUGUGAGACAACGUACUUAAAAUCUUGUAACAAUGCACGUAAACAAGAAAUUCCUGCCCAUAAAGGCCCAUUAUUUUUUCUUCAUGGCAGCAAUGGGCCCCAUCCUGCCGCAACUCCCUGUCUAUGGUAAAGAAUUAGGUAUUUCCUCAGUCGUAAUGGGCACAGUCACCGGAAUUUUACCAUUUGCUUUUCUUUUCGCUAAACCUUUAUUCGGACUUUUGGUCGAUGUUUACCGAGAUUACCGAAAAACAAUUUUCAUGAUGCUGAUUCUUGUCAUGACGAUUUGCUUCACGGUGAUGAAUUUUAUACCAACUAGGGAGCUUCUCGAGAUGGAGUUUAGGAAUGUCAGCGCUGUUGUGGAUUCAUGUAAUGUUACAGAGAUUGCAUCCGAAUGCACAAAUAGGACGACUCGAGUAGUGUGCAAAAGUAAAUGUUUCACUGACAAUGAGACAAGUUUUUUACUCACAAGUGACUCAAAAAGUCAAAUUUGUGCCUUAACGAAAAUCCCAAAUUACGAAAAUUCUUCAAAAACUUGUGAUAUUUUCUGUAGUAAUAAAGAUGUAGAGAUCUACGCUGGAUGUUUAUACAAAUCAAUCUCUUUUUGGAGUUUUGUGAUACUGAUGUCGAUAGGGACUAUAGGUUUUAACGUUGUUAAUUCAAUCAGUGAUGCUAUUUGUUUUGACGUGAUUGGAGAAGACGGCGAUUAUGGCAAGCAAAGAGUUUGGGGGACGAUUGGUUUUGGUCUCACCGCCUUGAUCUCCGGAUACGUUGUAAACCUUUUUUCGGAAAAUACAGUCAACUAUACUCCAGCUUUUAUAAUAAUUCUCGUGUGUUCAGUUAUAGACAUCAUCGCUUGCGUCAAACUUGAGCUUCCUGUAAUCCCAGUUCCUGAAAACAUCUUCAAAGACUUGAAGAAACUCUUGAAUAAUAGAUACGUGGUGACUUUUAUCACUUUUGCCAUCUUCGCUGGGAUUUUAGAUGGUUUAAUUAUUUAUUUCUUGUUUUGGCACUUACAAGAACUGGCAAGGACCACAAACACCUCAAACGUGAAACUGAUCGAAGGUUUAGUUGUCGCAGCUGAAACCUUGGGUGGUGAAGUAAUUUUUUUCUCUGUUGCGGGGAAAAUCCUCGACCGGUUUGGCCACGUGCACUGUUUCAGCAUGUGUUUUAUUAAUUAUGCUCUCCGAUUAGGGUUAAUAUCAAUCGCACCCUCGCCGUGGUGGAUUGUCCCAAUUGAGUUUUUCAUGCAAGGGCCAACGUAUGCACUUACUUAUACCACGAUAGUGGCCUAUGCUAAUGAGUUGGCCCCGCCGGGGGCCUCGGCGACUAUGCAAGGCAUAGCGGCAGGGAUGGACGAUGGAAUUGGGUAUGCCAUCGGGGGUAUUCUUGGAGGAGUUUUGUAUGAAUAUGUUGGAAGUCAACAUACGCUGCAGAUUUUUAGCGUCUUUGGACUGAUUUGUAGUCUUUCGCAUUUGCUGUUGCAUAAGACUGUUCUGCGGCUAAAAGUGCCCGAGAAAAAUGCGCAAAGUGUGGAGUAUAAGAGCCCGGAAGAGGCCUACAAAGCGACUUAUGAAAUUAGUUGAAUUUUUGUUAAGGAUCUAGCGAAAUAAUGUUACUUAGAAAGAAUAAAGAUUUAUUUUUUGAGUA